AUGCGGAGCGGUUGCCGCAUCGCCCUUCAUCUCCGUCUCCCUAUCCUGAAGGAGCUGGAUGGGAAGCUGGCGUCGAGCAAAGGGAUUAACGGAGUGGUCUCCCUCUCCUGUGCAGAAGGAGCGCAGGAGCUGACGGCGAGCAAGCGAGUCACACGGGAGAGCUCUCUUGUGCAGAAGGAGCGCGAUGGGGAGCUGACGGCGAGCAUGAGAGUCCCACGGGGAGAGCUCUCCCUCCCUUGUGCAGACGGAGCGCGAUCGGGAGGUGACAGGCGAGCAAGGGAGUCCCACGGGGAGAGCUCUCCCUCCCUUGUGCAGAAGGAGCGCGAUGGGGAGGUGACGGCGAGCAAGAAAGCCACACGGGGAGAGCUCUCCCUCUCUUGGAGGAGCUGGAUGCUGGGAGCGGGAGAAGGAGCGUGUGGUAAAAGCGUGAAGGAAGUGCAGGAGGAGCAGGAUGGGGAGCUGACGGCGAGUGAGGGGGAUACGGAAUGGUUUCCAUCUACUGUGGUCUCCCUUUUCCUGCAUGAUCGGGCGAGAAACCUCCCGCAUCCCUUAUUCCCACCUCUCUCCCUUCGUGACCCCCAAGCUCUCUCCUCAUUUCCCCCGCUCUCCCUUCAUCUCCCCGCUCUCCCUUCAUCUCCCCGCUCUCCCCCUCCCCUCUCCCUGCACUCGCCUCAAUUCCCUGAGUGCACCGCUUAUCGUCCCGCGCGCACUUGCUGCCCCCUUUUUGCAUCCCCCUCCCCCCCUCUCCCCCCUCCUCAAUCUCCCCUCCCCUCCACUCACCCCUCGUUCCAGCCCUCUCCCCCUCCUCUCCCCCCACCCCCACUCACUCCUCAUCUCCCUCCCCACCCUCCCCUCCCCCUCCCACCGUCCCCCCCAUCACCCCUCAUUUCCCUCACCCUCCUCCCCUUUUUAUCUCCGCAUACCCCCUCUUCCCCGUCUGCUCCUCCCCCAAACCUCUCAUUCCACCUCCACUCACCCCUCACCUCCUCACUGCUCUCCUUCAAUUCCCUCCACACCCCUCUCCCGCUCGUUCCCCCUUCUGCCCCCCUCCCUCCCCCAACCAGGGUUCUUGUCCCUUCCCCUCCCUAA